CGCCGGCAUCUGUGACAGCCAGGUACCCACUGCGCAUGCGUGAGAAGCGCUGCGCUUUGUGAAUAGACCAGCGUCUUCUGGGACACAUGACAUAAAUUGCAGCGCUUCUGGCGCAUGCGCAGUACCCGCUCCCCCUCUCUCCCUAAGGUCCGCAGUCUCUGGUCAUCCCCUAUACUGUCUGCAGUCUCUGGUCAUCCCCUAUACUGUGUGCAGUCUCUGGUCAUCCCCUAUACUGUCUGCAGUCUCUGGUCAUCCCCUGUACUAUGUCCGCAG